AUGGACACGGACAUGGACACCAAAGACGAAAAGCGCACCUCGAUCGACUAUGACUGUACCGUCGGCGAGAUGGAGUCGGACCGCGCCCUCUUGCGACGGAUCGACUGGCGGAUCCUGCCCAUCAUGUUCCUCACGUACUUUCUCCAAUUCCUGGAUAAGGUGUCGCUGAAUUAUGCCAACAUCAUGGGUCUACAGAAAGACCUGGCCAUGGCAGGGAAUGACUUUUCCUGGCUGGCCACCGCGUUCUAUAUCGCGUAUGCUGUCGCGGAGGUCCCUCAGGGUGCGAGUCCCUUGUUGACUAUUCAAUAUACCCAGACUAACGAGAUAGGAAUUCUCCUGCAAAAAUACCCCGUAACCAAGGUCCUCGGAUUCAACGUGCUGGUCUGGGGAAUCCUCCUCUGCUGCUCGGCAGCAGCCCAAAACUAUGCGGGGAUCAUGGCUCUCCGAACAAUACUCGGGAUCAUGGAGGCUGUUAUUGCCCCCUCUCUGACCCUCUACACAAGCAUGUGGUACACCCGCGCCGAAUCCACCCCGCGCUUCGGCCUAUGGUACUGCGGCCUGGGCGUGGGCCAGAUAGUGGGUGGGCUCAUCUCCUUUGGCGCGCAGCACGCGCCGGCAAACGGGUGGCGGAUCAUGUUUGGCGUCAUUGGCGCCGUGAAUCUCAUCGUUGCGGUCCUCGUGCUCUUGAUUCUCCCCGAAACACCCGACAAGGCAACGUUUCUCUCCCCCACCGACAAAGCGCGGAUCCGAGCACGCCUCGAGGCGGAUUCCGCCGGGGUUGGCGACAAGGUCUUUUGCUGGAAUGCCCUCGUCGAGGUCUUUGGGGAUCUGCAGACGUGGUUGCUUAUUCUGUUGACGCUCCUGAUAACGAUCCCCAGUGGAGUGAUUACGACGUUUUCGUCGAUUCUCAUCCAGGGGUUCGGGUAUGGAUCCAAGGAGAGCGCGCUGCUGAAUAUGCCGUCUGGGAUUGUGAGUAUUGUGUCGACGAUGGUCUCGAGUUAUGGGAUUGAAAAGGGGUACUCGCGGUGGUUGACUAUUGACAUUCUUCUGAUUCCGACGCUUCUGGGAUCGUGCCUGAUGAGCUUCCUGCCAACAAGCAAUCAAGUGGGGUGCCUUGCGGGUAUAUACCUGGUGAAUACGACGGUCGCCCCACUAGCCCUAAUCUUCGCGUGGACCGGCGCAAACUACAAGGGCUACACGAUGAAAGUCGCCGGAUCAACCCUCAUCUCUGCCGCAUUCAGCAUUGCGAAUAUCAUCGGACCGCAGACAUUUCAGGCGAGGGAUGCGCCGGGGUAUACACCCGCAAAAAUCACUCUCGUAGCCGUCAACGCCGCGGCGAUCAUCGUGUCGACUGCGCUGCGUGUACUCUAUGGAAGACGAAACGCCAGAGCAGGUCGCGUUGGUGGUCCGGCGCGGAGCAGGAUGGAGAUUCGCCUUGCGGAUAAGCGACGGGGUGAGGAGGGUGAGGCGGGGGAGGUCUCGACGUUUCGAUAUGUCUAUUAG